AUGCCUCAACCUCCAUACGCGAUACCUGGAGACGGCGGUGUCUCCCCGGAUGACGUCCCUGGCAUGAUCACGCUCAAGGAACAUGAGUACCUCGACAAGCUGAGGGCCGAGACGGCUGCAGCAGGCAACUUCGUCCACUUGAUCCAGGCCACUCAUGAGGCUGAAGAAACCGCCCUGCUGAGCCCAUUGAGUACGCUCUGCGCUGUGCUCCCGCCUUGCUUCAAAUCGCGCACCAAGUACAAACUCGGCGGCGGUAAGGGCAAGCAUGCCAAGAAGAACAAGAAGACGAGGGACAAGAAGAAGAAGAACGAGUGCUUGGACUGGCGCUGCGAACUCCCACAUAAGGUCUUUGACCACCUCCUCAUGAUGCACCCGCUCUACCCAGUCGACGAGCGCGCCGAGGACGACGAAGAUGGAGAGCACACAUUCUUCCUCAACUUCCUCAGUCUCCUCCAGGACAUCGAAGUCGAGCUCUUCACAUUCGAUCUCGGUCCUGCUCCGCCGACCAAUGUGUUCAAGUACCGUGAGCGUCUCGACCUGCAGGGCGCCGAGCGCGGUCUCAUCUCCAUCUUCAUCUCCGUUUGA